ACAAACCUUUAGUGAAGGCUCGCGCUUCGCGCUCGUGUUGCUGUCUCUAAAUAAUUUUUAAUUUCCUUCGUCGCUUUCGAGUUUUCCGUUCACAAGCGGGAUGCCGAAAAAGUUCGCAGGUGAAAAUAGCAAAGCUGCGGUUGCGAAAGCCCGCAAGCAAGCAGCCAAAGAGGAAGAAAGCACCCGAAAACAGAAGGCCAUCGAGGAUGAGUACUGGAAGGACGAUGACAAACAAUUGGCAAAAAAACAACAGCGUAAGGAGGAGCAGGAAAAGAAACGGCUAGAGGCAGCUCAGAGAAAAGCUGAAAGCAAGGCUUCUUUGGAGGAGGAAUUGAGCAAGAUCAAAAUUGGCGGAAAGCAGACUCAGUCUAAAGUCACAAGAGCAGAAAUCGAGGCUGAGGCUGAGAGGCGGCAACAAGCAGCUACCAUCGCCAAUAAAAAGGAAGAGGUCAAAACGCAUGUCGAGAAGCCAAUCGAAGAAAAUGUCAACCGUCUGCAAGUUGAUGGACUUGAGGCACGCUCUGUCGAAGACGCUAUUUCUGUUCUAAGUGAAAAAGAAGCUACUGAAAUCGACCGCCACCCUGAAAGAAGAAUGAAAGCCGCUUACACCGCUUUUGAAGAUGAGCGGUUGCCACAGCUUAAGGCAGAACACAAAAACAUGAGGCUCUCCCAACUCAAGCAGCUGCUUUGGAAAGAAUGGCUGAAAUCGCCUAGAAAUCCAACGAAUCAGAAGCCACAGGCCUGAAGUCAACGCUGCUGUGACACAAUAUUUUUUUUAAUUUGAUACUAAAAUUACACUCGAAAUUGAGCCGUAAAAUUAUUAAAAAAAAUAACUCAUUGUCAGUGACCAAAUAAUAAUGAAUACUCUCAUACUUAAAACAUACAUUUUCGGCAAGCUCAUACAUGCUAAAAAGUGGGAAAUGUGAGUCUGAAUCAAACCAACUGUGCAUGUAUUACUCCCAUCAACUGGUUAUAAUUUGAUUUUGUUUUCAAAUCAUGCUUUUUUACUUUUAUCGGCUUGUGAAAAGUGAAGGCAGAUUUCAAAGGAAACUUAACACUGCACUUGCCUUAAAUUAUGAUUGAAUUGAAAUAAUACUGUUGGGAAAUAAAACACGUUAUAUUCA